ACGAAUCUGACGCAGACAAUCGUCGUGUUGCUAAUAUCAUCGAAUAUCUCAAUAAAUGCCAUUUGUUUUUGCGUAUUUCCGGAGGGAUGACCGGAUUGUCAAUGCAUUAGAAGUGCUAAAUGGUUGAUUUUGUUUUUACAUUGCUGAGUGUACAGGGAAACUGCUGAACUUGCAUUGAGCAAGUUGAAGUAUCAGCAAGGAUAAAGAGAAGUUGAAGUGUGCCUACUUUUUCAUUCGAUUCCAAUAGAUCAUUUUGAUCGAGCUUAUGGAUGCCAUGCUUGUUGGAUUUUCUGCAUGACAUGCACAUUAGUGGUGAAGAUAGCACUGCAAUAAAAAUGCGGUCAACAGUUGAGUAGGUACCUACCUGGAACCCGUGGCCUGGUACUUACCGAAACUACCUACUCUCAUGUUGAGCCAUGCUUGGAUUUAUUACUAGACAGCUAAUAAGACAAGAAGUGGGCUUGUAUUUUACUUGAAGUAAGAAGCUACAGCAAGACAUGACAUCCCAAAGUAUUGAAAUCUUCAGACAUGUGUUGUGGACGUCAGUCACUGGAGGGUGGUUCUAUGAUCCGCAUCAAAAUGUUAUUAUUAACACAAUUCAGCUCUACUUUUGGAUUUUGUUACUAUGUGCACCAUUUCUUAUUACAAUGUAUUCAUCAAGAUCCACAACAAUCUGGGCCAUCUAUUGUACCUGUGUCUUCAUUAUAUUCAGUGUCAUCAAGUUCAUCAACUACCAGCUGCACAAAAUGUAUGACACAUCAGAGUAUGUUGAAGAAAAGGGAGAGCCUGAACCAUCCACUGACAAAGAAAAAGCAAGCGGCGCCGCGGACAGUAUUGAGCUCUCCGUGCUGGAGGGCGCCCGGUCGGGACCGACGGCCGACACUCCUCCAGUGGACUGCAGCUCACGGAACUCUGCGCACGAGCUGGGCGCGGCACAGUCGCCCACCAGUCGCCGGCCGCACCCGGCCACAGUCAGCCAGACGUACGGCGCGGAGACCAUCGAUCUGCACGCUGACGUGCACCAGAUGGAGGGCGGUCUCUCCGUGCCGCGGGAGGUGUCUGCCAGCCAGCGGAUACAGCACCGGCUCCGUUCGCCGACCAGUAUCGCAGACCACCCGAUUGAUCUCAUCUCGGAGCUUCCUGAGGACAAGCUGGAGCAGGACCACACCAACCUGGCCCGGCUGUCUGACCAGACGUCCGGCGGUGACCACAUGCCGUCCAGUCUGUCUCUCGGCCUGGUGACUCCCUCGGAGGUGGAGCAUAUUCGAGAGUCGGGCAUCUUCGACCUGCCGGCGCUACUCUCGGCCGUUCGCGAGCGAGUCCAAAACACGAUGCCGUCGGGGUAUUUCCGUCGCACCCUGUCCGUGUCGGACACGACGGCGGCUCGCCAGGCCGACCAGCUGGCCCUCGGCCACUCGCUGGUCGAGCUGCGACACUCGCGACCCGGGCCCGGAUUCUCGCUGCCGCCGCCGCAGCCGCCGGCGCGAUACCCGCAGACUGAGGUGCUGCCGCAGGGCCGCUCGGAGGCCGCCGAUGCCGACCAGAGCGGCAGCGAGGACGAGGCGCGCGGCAGCGACUCGCCGCUGCUCGGAGACCAGUGUGACGGGGGUGAGUGGACGCGCUCCGCCGCCGGAGCCGGAGCCGGAGCCGCUGCCUCCCGGAGUCCCAGCCGGGCCGAGCCGGAGGAGGAUGACGUCAGUCUGCACAGCCUCACCGGGGUGGAUCGGCUCUUCUGCGAUGAGCGGGAAUCGGACGGCCCGGUUAUGUCGACCGCGGAGCAGGGAGCCGUGCCCAAGGACAGGUCCCAUCGGUCGCGUGCGUACGCUGAGGCCGGCCGCUCGGACUCGGGUCGGGAGAGGCGCCACGGAGGACACCACGGCGCCAGGUCACGGGACGGCCUCAGAGGCUCGUUGGGGAGCCGGCAGCGCCGCUCGUCGAGUCCCCGUCGGGUGUGUCGCCGCCGACGGCCCGCCGGUACCGACGACAUGCUGCCGGCGCAGAGCAGCGUCAUGCUCUCGGCGGCCGCCGGCGGCACCCACCUGGCCACCUCGCAUGACGAUACUACAGAGGGGGCCGUGCAUUACUUUCAGGCUGCUGCCAGUACCGUGCCGUCCUGUCCUCAGUCCUUCGUUCGGUCUCCGUGUGCCAGCGUGGGGCGCCGGCUGUACCGCUAUGGAUCCGUCCUCCCGUUCAUUCCCUUUCCUUUGCUCCGCUUACUGUCGACGGAAUCUCCUGACAAGGACGAGUUCGGCCACUGGCUGGCCUACACGUUCGACGGCAGGGGCGUGGGCGUGGCGGCGGCGGCGGCCAGCCCGGUGGCCGCGGACAGCGACUGGUCCGUCCACUCGGCGCUGCUCGACUCGGCCGGACUGAAACUGGCGGCGGCGGCUGCCGGCGGAGCGGCCGGCGCGGCCCUCGACUGCGGUCCGGCGGGCGACGGCGGCGACCCGGGCGGCCCGCUGCUGCACUACCUGCACUCCAGCCUGGGCCUGGAUACGGCGGCGCCGUCCAGUCCGCCGCUGCCGCCCAAACACCACUACCGGCUACACGUGGGCGGCGCGGUCUGGCUCAAGGUGCGGUUCGAUCGUCUGGCGCUGUUGGCACUACUCGACCGCAACGUCACCCGGCUGGAGAACCUGCUGUCGGUGCUGCUGGCGCUGCUGACGUCCCUGCUGGCCGCCGCGCUCCUCCACACAGACUUCUACGACGACCUGGGCGUCUUCUUCUUCAGCUUCGCCGUGGCCUCCAGCCUGUACUCGCUGGUGAAGAGCGUGCAGCCGGACGCGGCGUCGCCGACGCACGGUCAUAACCGUCUGGUGGCGUUCGGUCGGCCGCUGUACUUCUGUCUGCUCACCGGCCUCACGCUGCUGCUGCUCAGGUGGCGCGCAGACGGCGGAGGGACUCAGUCCGACACCGCCGGGCUGCGGCUGUACGGUCUGCGACUGACUGCCGCGCCGAUCCUGGAGACGGCGCUGCAGCUGCUGCGCUACCUGCUGCUGCUGCUGCCGCUGCUGCACACGGCCGGCCUGCUGCCCCAGGUGGACACAUUCGCCAUGUACCUGCUGGAGCAGUUCGACAUCCACCUGUUCGGCGGCACGGCCUGCACCAGUCUGCCGGCGGCCGUGUAUGCCGCCGCGCGCAGCCUGCUCGCUGUGGCCGCGCUGUAUGGGUUCGCGUACGGCGGGCUGCGGGAGAACGGUGACGAGCCGACGGCGCAGCACAUCCUGUUCAGCAUCUUCUGCGGGCUGCUGGUGGCGCUCAGCUACCAUCUGAGCCGCAGCACCAGCGACCCGCAGCUGCUGGUCAGGGUUCUCAGUCGGUAUCUACGUCAGGAGCUGGAGGAGGAGCCGCCGCGGACUGGAGACACCCCCGAGGAGCCCGUCGAUCCUCUCCCCGAGAAGCUGCUGCAGACGGCGCGUGUUCGACUGAAGUCGGACGGCCUGGCGUGCACCAUCAUCGGCGUCAUGGUGUUCGCCGUCCACUGCAGCACGGUGUUCUCUGCGCUGGGCCCGGAGCUGCAGCUGGCAUUGUGGUCCCUCCCAAUCGUCACCGGCCUGCUCGUACACUACCUGAUACCUCAGCUGCGAAAACAAGUCCCCUGGCUGUGCGUGGCGCACCCGAUCCUGCGCGCCGCCGAGUACCGACAGUUCGAGGUGACGGAGCCGGCGCGUAUCACAUGGUUCGAGAGGCUCUACGUGUGGCUGUGCUCACUGGAGAGGAACGUGCUCUAUCCUCUGGUGGUGCUAAGUGCACUGACCGUGGAGAGCCCGCGUCUGGUGGACAAGUUCGGUCUCGAGUGGGCCACCCUGCUGGUGGUGGUGUGUGGUUUGAAGUGUCUCCGUGCUGCCUAUACGGACACCAGCUACACGUACCUCGUGCUCGUCUUCACGCUGCUGCUCUUCAGGAUGGACUGGGCGGCGGCGUCAGAGACCAUGCUGGUCGACCUGUUUGUCAUGUUCAUCGCCUUCGAUAAGGUUCGCGACUUCCUGCUCAAGAUCCAGUUUGUCACCACGUACAUUGCGCCGUGGCAGAUCACCUGGGGAUCGGCGUUCCACGCGUUCGCGCAGCCCUUCUCGGUGCCCCACUCUGCGAUGUUGUUCGCGCAGGCGGCUGUGUCAGCGGCUCUGUCCGGCCCUCUCAGUCCCUUCCUCGGCUCUGCUGUGUUCAUCUCGUCUUAUGUACGUCCGGUCAAGUUUUGGGAGAGGGACUACAACACCAAACGGGUGGACCACAGCAACACGCGGCUGGCGCUUCAUUUGGACAGGAGUCCCGGCGCCAACGAUAACAACCUGAACUCCAUCUUCUACGAGCACCUGACCCGGUCGCUGCAGCACUCGCUCUACGGAGAUAUCAUGCUGGGUCGGUGGGGCGUGGUGUCCCAGGGCGACUGUUUCGUGCUCGCCUCCGACUACCUCAACUGUCUGGUGCACAUCAUUGAGCUCGGUAACGGCCUGGUGACGUUCCAAGUGCGCGGCCUGGAGUUCCGCGGCACCUACUGCCAACAGCGAGAGGUCGAGGCCAUCACUGAGGGCGUCGAGGAGGACGCAGGGUGCUGCUGCUGCGAGCCGGGUCACCUUCCUCACAUCCUGUCGGCCAACCAGAUCUUCAACCAGCGCUGGCUGGCCUGGGAGGUGGCCGCCGCGCGCUACGUGCUGGAGGGGUACAGCAUCUCCGACAACUCGGCCACCUCCAUGCUGCAAGUGUUCGACCUCAGAAAGGUGCUCAUCACUUACUACGUCAAGAGUAUCAUCUUCUACGCGCUGCGCUCUACCAAGCUGGAGCAGUGGCUGUCGAGGGAGGAGAUCAUGUCGCACGUGCUGGAGCACACCACCAGCCCCGGCUUCGUGGACGUCGACCCCAUCUUCAACAUGAACAUCGACGAGGACUACGACUUCCGCGCGUCAGGCAUCACCCGCAACAGCUUCUGCAACGUCUACCUCGAGUGGAUCAAGUACUGCGUCCAGCAGCGCGACAAGGCGAUGGAGUGCACGUGCGACUCUCCGGUGGUGUCUCUGUGCCUGGCGCUCAGUCUGCUGGGCCGACGGACACUCAGCGACGCCUCACACCACUCCAUCUCCAGCGUGGAGUUUUUCCUGUACGGUCUGCACGCGCUGUUCAAGGGCGACUUCCGGAUCACCUCUUUGCGAGACGAGUGGGUGUUCUCGGACAUGGACCUGCUGCGCAAGGUGGUGGCGCCCGGCAUCCGAAUGUCGCUCAAACUCCACCAGGACCACUUCAUGUCGCCCGAGGACUACGAGAAGCCCAGCUGUCUGUACGAGGCGAUCCGCUCCCAUGACGAGAAGCUGGUCAUCUCCCACGAGGGUGACCCGGCCUGGAGGAACGCGGUGCUCUCCGGGGUACCCUCUCUGCUGGCUCUGCGACACAUUCUGGACGACGGCGCCGACCAGUACAAGAUCAUCAUGCUGAACAAGCGCCAGCUCAGUUUCCGCGUCAUCAAACUGAACAGGGAGUGUGUGAGAGGGCUGUGGGCCGGUCAGCAGCAGGAGCUCAUCUAUCUGAGAAACAGGAACCCCGAGAGAGGCAGCAUACAGAACGCCAAACAGGCGCUGCGGAACAUCAUCAACUCGUCGUGCGACCAGCCGAUCGGCUACCCCAUCUACGUGUCACCCCUGACCACCUCCUAUGUGGAGACGCACGCGCAGAUCAGCCGGAUUGUGGGCGGGCCCAUCAGCUUCGGCUGGGUCAAGCGCCGCCUGCUGGCCGCCUGGCAGCGGCUGUGCGCGCGCUGCGGCGAGGGCUGUGUGUCCGGCGGCAGCGUGCUCCAGGAGGAUGGCGUGCGCUACAUCGCACACCCCUGCUCCGUCCAGAUGGCGACGUUCGCGGUGUCGGGCAGCCAGGAGAUGGGCGGCGGCAGCGGCCGCGGCAGCCUGGGUCCGCGCUCGGCCGGUACCUUCCCACAGCACCUGGUCGCCCCGCCGGGGGUCAAACCCACCUCUGCCACCCUGCCGGCGCUCUCUGGCGCGUACCCCGUCCCGUGCGCCGGCCGGGCGGGCCGCAGCCUGCCGCCGCCGCGCCGGCCCGGCGCCGCGACUGCCGCCGGAGGAGCCGCCGCGCCGGACGUGUCCCCGGUGCUGAUGCUGUACCCGACGGCGACGGCGGCGGCCAGUCCGGCGCGGGCCAGGGUGCGCCAGGUCCGCUCUGGCAGCCCGGCGGCGACCGCUGGAGGGGUGACGGCGCCCCAGCCCCGGCUGCCGCUGGGGUCCACAGCCAAGCUGGUGGACGGCGGCGUGGUGUACGACAGCAUCAACCAGGGCCGGCGUGUGGACGUGCUCUGGCCCGACGACCGGUGGCGGCAGCGCGGCGGAAAGAACGCCUGGGGCGCCUGGCUGCCGGACGGCCGCUGCGGCACCGUGGUCCACUACUGGUGUCCGUCCCACCCCGACAGGCGGUACAGGUCACACGUGGACCGUACCAUCCUCCUGCUGGAGAUGGAGGGCAACUACGUACCGGUGGCCGAGGUGGGCUGUCAGCCGGCCGAUCCGGCCGCCUCGCUCUCCUCCAUCACCGAGCCGGAGCGAGCGGUGGAGGUGUGACCCCGGCCCCGCGGCGCCGGCGCGCACACCUCUCCCAGCUACUUUGUCAUGCACAGACUGUGAUAGCGUCCGGCGCGCGCCGCUGCUGCUGCCGCUGGGCGACCGCGCUGCCCGUCCGGCAGACUGCGUCCGCUCGUGUUUUUACAGGGCCCUGUUACGGCGCGUGUGCUGUGUGUUGGACGGACGCAGUGCAGCCAUUCCUGAGUGGAAGGUGGUCUCGACCGGUGUGGGGAGUCAGUGGACAGAAGAGUGCGCCGGUUUUAUUAUUGUCAUUAUUUUGGUAUUAUUAUCGUCUGUACCAGGAGUUAUGUUAGAGCUGCUGUGAGUUUGAUGUUGCCUUGGCGUGCCACACAUGAGCUCACCGGUUUGUUGUCAUGUUAUCUGAUGCAGUACCGUGGCGUGGUCCGAUGGUAGGACCCGAGUGCAGGCGGCAGAGACCAGGGCGCGGGUGUGGGUACCGGGGGCGUUUUGUUACACAUGUUUGAGCGAAGUCCGUACUUAAAUAUCGAAGUAUUGUGCCCCAUUUGCCAAUGAAGGGCAACACUGAAAUACAACGCUGUUUUUAAAAAG